AUGGAGGUGGGAUUUUAUGGCUACAAGGUAUACAGGGCUGAUUGUUCCAUUUCGACUAGCUCCAAGCUAAGUGGAGGUGGGGUUUUGAUUGCAGUCAGCAAUGUUUUAAUCUCUUGGAAUGUUGAGACUCCGAGCUGUUCGGUUGAAUGUGCUUUUGUUGCUGUCAAGCAAUCUCAAAAUGUUUUGCUUGUAGGAGGAGUUUACUUACCACCUAAUCAACCUGCUGUUCAGUAUGUUGACUUCUGUGCAGCCUUUGAGGAAAUAAUGCUCAACAAUGACUUUGAAGGAAACGUUCUUCUUUCGGGACAUUUUAACUUGCCCCAUACUGAUUGGAAUGAUACUGAAGGGACGCUUACUGAUCAAGUAGCGCGACCUGUUUUUUUGAGAUGUGCAGUCUAUUCAAUCUUCGUCAACUAUAUUUUGAAUGAUCGAGGAAUUAUUUUGGACCUAGUUUUUUCCCCAAGAGCAGAUAAAAUGGUAAGUAAAGCACUGGACCCAAUCUUGCCAGUGGAAUCUCAUAACCCUCUUCUGGAAAUUGAUACCGUCUUCAUGGGCCUUAAAUCUGCUAUACGUACCUCCUCUGUGCCAGACUACAAGAAAUCUAACACCCAUGAGGUGUUCAACUGGGUUCAGAGUUUUUUAUAUCCACAAGUUGAUGUGCCAAAUAUGGUUGAACAUAAUUUUACUAGUUUGUGUAGGGAUCUCUCGGAAGUAAUAAGGCGAUGCACACCUCACAGGAUUGUGUAUAGAGGGUCUUUUCCUUUUUGGUUUACUCCCGAGCUAAAGAGGCUUGUUAUCUUGAAGAAGAAGUUGCAUAGAAGUUACAAACAAUUUCCAACUGAUCGAAAAUAUAUGGAAUUUCAAAAGGUGCGAACUCAGUGUAAACUAUUAUCUAAGGCCUGUUACAGCAACUACAUUAAUCAGGUGGAUAGCAGCCUUCAGACAAACAUAAAGGCAUUUUGGGGGCACUUCAAUAGAACUAAGAAGCAUGCGCAGGCUCCACCUAAAAUAUUCCUGAAUGACAAGUCAACAGAAAAACCUGAAAUGAUGUGGAGUCUCUUCUCUGAGUUUUUUGCAUCCGUAUACCAAUCGACAACCAGUACUCCAUCAGACUACGAUUUUAAUACAAAUUUGUCCUUGGGCGGUUGCCAUGUCACGUGUGAGGAGGUUGAGACACGCUUAUCCCGGCUUGACGAGAACAAGGGACCAGGACCAGAUGGUAUUCCUCCUGCCAUAUUGAAGUACUGUGGUGGCAUACUUGCUCCCCACAUUACAGAUUAUUUCAAUGCAUUGAUAAGUCUUGGUAUCUUCCCACAAAUUCUCAAACUUGGAUACGUGGUGCCUAUCUUCAAGAGUGGAGACCAGUCAGGUAUCAAAAACUACAGACCAGUGGUCAUUCAGUCUUCGCUUGCAAAACUGUUUGAGGCAGUUGUUCUGUAUAGAUUGUCAUUCUCUUUGAAGAACUGUAUUGUUCCCAUCCAGCAUGGUUUUAUGAGAGGACGCUCUGCUUCAAAAAACUUGGUGCUUUAUCAAGAUGAUAUCGUCAACGCCUUCUCCCGCAACCAUCAAGUGGACUCCAUAUACUUAGACUUAUCAAAGGCGUUUGACCGUGUGUGUCACACACAUCUUCUUGGAAGCUGA